AUGACAACUUCUCCCAUCGAUGUUCUCCGGGCGCUGGGGCUGUCAGAGGACAUGGAGGGCGUAUCCUCGCACUCUGGUCUCUGCAGCAACAGUAAGGAGGUGGAGGGAACACACCAGGCCUUCAGAAUAGACCAGAAAAUCCAGCUCAGUGCUCCCACCAAACAACUUUUCCCCGAGUCCACAUUCCCUGUGAAUUUCUCCCUCCUGGCAACUGUGCGAGCCAGAAAGGCAUCACGGUCAUUCCUGCUCUCCGUGUAUGACGAGCGUGGGGUGCAGCAGCUGGGGCUGGAAGUGGGCCCUUCGCCUGGCUUCCUGUAUCGGGGUCAGACGGCUGCAGAAACGUACCUCACGUUCAAGGACGUCAAUCUGACUGACGGAGAGUGGCACAGGAUCGCCUACCGUGUGCAAGGCGAGUCAGUCACUCUCUUUCUGGACUGUUCCAAGGUAGCAACUCAGGAGCUAACGCGAGGAGAUGACGCCAUCAUCAGCACGGAAGGCAUCAUCGUGUUCGGAUCGCGACUACUAGUUGAAGGCGUAUUUGAGGGAGAAAUUCAACACUUGCUGAUUGACGAUGACCCCGAGGCUGCUGCCGCUUACUGUAUCAACUACGUGCCAGACUGCGACUCGGAUUCGCACAACAGCCAAGGCCUGGACCUUCACGGGAAGUCCCAACUGGAACAGUCAGAAGAACCACAAGCCAAAAAGGGCAGAAAGGGCAAAAAGAACAAAAAGAAGAGGGACAAGGCUUCCAAGGGGAAUGGCAAGCGUAAAGGCAAGGGGAAGGGUAAAGGCAAAGGCAAAGGAAAGAAGAAGGGAUCCAGGAAGAAUACACUAGAGGAGAAACAUUUGGAUGAUGGCUUCAUUGGCGUUUCAACCAUGCUGCCAGAGUAUCUGUCCCAAGAGCCUUUUUUGGACCUAAAAAGCACCACUAAAGUCUACAAUGAUGAGUCCCUUGUGGAGAUGCCUACGAAUGAGCCCUCAACAGAAGCUCCCUCACCAAGCAUCAUAAUCGCAUCAGUUGGUGAUGAGGAACCCGAGACAAGAACGAGCCCAGCGGUGGAUGACCUUUACAGCAACCUUAUUGACGACCUUGCUGUUUCCAUAGUAACUGCGGGCACGAAUAUAACUGAAUCUGAGGUUCUCGAACACGACGACUACAACAACACAAAGUUUGAGUAUGAAGAGUACGAAAUAUACGACGAAGGCUACGAUUUUGCCUUAAGAGAACGAGCACAGACGUGGGAAGGAAAAAAAGGACAGAAGGGUGAGCCCGCAGUAUUUGAACCGGGUUCUCUAGGUGAAGGACCGCCAGGCAUGCCGGGAAUGGAGGGACUUCCUGGACCAGCUGGACCAAUAGGCCCCCCAGGACCAAGUGGAGACCCUGGCGAAAUGGGUCCUGUAGGACGUCCCGGUCUUCCCGGGGUAGACGGAAUUCCCGGUCCACAAGGAACCUUGCUGAUGCUACCUUUUCAAGGCAAUUCCCAAAAAGGACCGGUGGUGUCCCCGCAGGAAGCGCAAGCGCAAGCUAUUAUACAACAAGCUCAGCUUUCAAUGAAGGGCCCUCCAGGUCCGGGAGGUCUUACAGGCCGGCCAGGUCCACUGGGUGUUCCAGGCCCCGCUGGCUCCAAAGGAAAUGUUGGUGAACCGGGCCCUCCGGGACCUCAAGGAUUACCGGGACUACAAGGAAGUAAUGGCAAACCGGGGAAAAUGGGACGGGCUGGAACAGAUGGAGGACGUGGAGCUCCAGGUGAAACUGGUGUUAAGGGUGAUCGAGGUUUUGAUGGCCUGCCAGGACUCCCGGGAAACCAGGGACACAAAGGUGAAAGAGGAAAGCCCGGUCCUCAAGGUCCUCACGGAGAGCCAGGAGAAAAGGGACCAGAUGGACCUGUUGGGCCAAGGGGCCAACCUGGUGAACCCGGUCCACGGGGUCUUUUCGGGCCAAGGGGACCACCAGGACCACCUGGACAACCGGGUGUCCUGGGAGCAGAUGGCGCGCAGGGGUCAAAGGGAAACCAGGGUCCGCAUGGAGAAAUAGGACCUGCAGGACAACAAGGAAAUCCUGGACCACAGGGCUUGCCUGGAUCUCAGGGUCCCAUCGGGUUGCCGGGAGAGAAGGGUCCCCAGGGGAAACAGGGCUUGCAAGGAUUGCCGGGCAUUGAUGGACAGCCUGGUCACCCGGGAAGAGAGGGAUCUCAAGGAGAAAAAGGCGCCCAAGGAGUGAUAGGUCCCCAAGGGCCAAUCGGGUACCCUGGGAUCCGUGGCGUCAAGGGAGCUGAUGGAAUUCGAGGUCUAAAGGGUGUUAAAGGAGAGAAGGGAGAAGAUGGCUUCCCUGGCUUCAAAGGUGACAUGGGCCUCAAGGGAGACAGGGGCGAAAGCGGUGCUCCGGGUACUCGUGGCGAGGACGGAACAGAGGGGCUAAAGGGCCAGCAGGGAGCCAUGGGGGAUGUUGGACCUCCUGGGAUUGCUGGAGAGAAGGGUCACCUUGGAGUGCCAGGACUGCCAGGAUACCCAGGACGUCAAGGGUCAAAGGGAUCAUUUGGCUUCCUUGGUGCGGCAGGAUCUCCAGGAGAGAAGGGACGAAGGGGUCCAGCUGGCCAGCCAGGAUCUGCAGGUCAAAGAGGUCCUAAUGGGGCCCGAGGAGGAAGAGGAGCAAGAGGUCCUACUGGGAAGCCUGGAGAAAAGGGUUCUUCUGGACAAGAAGGCACUCAAGGAUCUCCUGGAGAACAGGGUCCCCAAGGGCCACAGGGAAUGCAUGGAGAAACAGGUCCAAAAGGACCAAAUGGUCCGCCUGGAAAAGAUGGAGUACCAGGUCAUCCUGGCCAGAGAGGGGAGCCAGGAUUCCAAGGCAAAAAUGGCCCCCCUGGCCCUCCAGGUGUUGUCGGUCCACAGGGCAAAACUGGUGAAACGGGGCCAACUGGUGACAGGGGCCAUCCGGGUUCACCGGGACCACCGGGUGAGCACGGUUUACCUGGAUCGGCUGGAAAGGAGGGAGCCAAGGGAGACUUUGGUCCACCAGGAGCACCGGGAAAGAGUGGCCCUGCAGGAGUUCAGGGAUUUAGAGGAAGCAGAGGGAUCCCUGGCGCAACGGGUCCAGCAGGCUUAAAAGGAGGAGAGGGAGUAGUUGGUAUUCCGGGACUCAUUGGUGCAACAGGAGAAAGAGGACCCGCUGGGGCAGUGGGUGCUAUUGGCCAGCCAGGGCGGCCCGGAAGUGUAGGCCCUGCUGGGCCUUUGGGAGAGAAAGGCGAACCAGGAGAGAAAGGACUUGCUGGGCCGGCCGGGCAUGACGGGGAACAAGGACCUGUCGGACUGCCAGGAUCUGGGGGACCACCUGGGCCUCCAGGAGAAGACGGAGACAAGGGUGAGACAGGAGGACCAGGCCAAAAGGGAAGCAAAGGAGACAAAGGAGAAGCAGGACCUCCAGGACCUAUUGGAAUUCAAGGACCUGCGGGACAACCAGGACUGACUGGGGCAGAUGGUGAGCCAGGUCCUCGUGGGCAGCAGGGAAUGAACGGCGUCAAAGGAGAUGAAGGACUGAGAGGUUUUAAGGGAGCAACUGGUGCUGCCGGCCUACAGGGAAUGCCAGGACUGUCAGGCGAGAAAGGAGAAAGUGGGCAUGUGGGUUCGAUGGGACCUCCAGGACAACAUGGACCCCGAGGCCCACUGGGGCUAAUUGGUGCAGAGGGCCCAGCGGGAAUGCCGGGCGGAGUUGGUCAACCUGGGCCUCACGGGGAGAAAGGUGAGGACGGUGAAGCUGGAGACCCGGGGCCCGUUGGCGAGUCUGGAGCUGCUGGUGUAAAAGGGGACAUAGGGGAGAAGGGAGACUCUGGAGCACCUGGCUCAGCAGGACCUCCAGGAAUUCGAGGGACACCCGGAGAGGACGGACCAAAGGGCAAUGUUGGCCCUGUUGGAUUCCCAGGAGAUACUGGACCACCUGGAGAAAUUGGUGUUACUGGAAAAGAUGGUGGACCUGGACCUAAAGGUGAUGAUGGAGAAACAGGCAAAGCGGGGGCUCCAGGUGCCUCCGGAGAGCCAGGUCCUCCAGGACCUCCCGGCCGAAGGGGUCAUGUAGGCACUGCAGGUCUCGAAGGAAAGCAAGGAAUGAAAGGAGACAAGGGAACGAUGGGUAACCAGGGCCCAGUGGGUAAGACGGGCCCUGUGGGGCCGCAAGGCCAUCCGGGGAAGUCUGGUCCAGAUGGACUUUACGGCAUCCCAGGCCCUGCGGGUGAGCAAGGGUUAACUGGUCCACAAGGGCAAGCUGGACCACCUGGACCUAUGGGACCACCGGGACUUCUGGGAUUGAAGGGGGACCCUGGAAUAGAUGGAGAAAAAGGUCACGGUGGGUUGCUUGGCCUUGUAGGCCCACCAGGAGAACCUGGCGAGAAGGGUGACAGGGGCCUGCCUGGCACUGAUGGGGCACAUGGGCCUAAAGGAGAUGAGGGUGUGACUGGCCCACCUGGUCCAACCGGACCACCAGGACCACCUGGUCUUUCAGGUGCCGGUGGAGAAAAAGGAUCCAAGGGCAACACGGGUGGCAUUGGUCCCCAAGGUGAUCCAGGCCCUGCUGGCCCACCAGGACCCCCAGGACCAGCUGCUACAGUGGUUGAACCUCUGCCCAUCCGGGAGGGCAGGAAAAAGAAAAGACGCAACUCAUCUAAAGAGGAGGAAGUAGCUAUCAAUAUGGAAGACUUUCUGCAAGCAGAUCAGCCUUUAGGAGGAGAGGACGGAAUGGAGGAAGUCUUUGCUACGCUUUCAUCCAUGAAAAUGGAGGUGGAGCUGAUGAGGAGGCCCCUGGGGACUUUUGACAGCCCGGCACGCACUUGCAAGGAGCUCAUGAUGGUUCAACCGGAUUUCAAAGACGGAGACUAUUGGAUUGAUCCUAACCAAGGAUGCAACCGGGAUGCCAUCAAGGUCUACUGCAACUUCACAGCUGGCGGCGAUACAUGCUUAGACCCUGACAAGAAGAUCGAAAUGGUGAAAUCAGCAGCUUGGAGCAAAGAGAAACCAGGAAGCUGGUAUAGUCAAUACAGAAGAGGCAAUAAGUUCUCUUACAAUGACAUGGAUGGCAACACUGUCCAAGUCGUCCAAUUGACUUUCCUCAAACUACUGAGUGCCACGGCCAAUCAGCGCUUCACGUACACAUGCCAGAAUUCGGCGGGCUGGUAUGACAGCACGUCAAGCUCCUACCGCCACGCCCUGAGAUUCCGGGCCGGCAAUGAUGAGGAGCUGACGCAGGUCAAAAGCUCUUUCAUCCAUGCCGUCCAUGACGGAUGCCAGUUGCGCAAAGGUCACGAAAGUACAAUUCUGGAGAUGGACUCCCCCUCGGCCGAGCUGCUGCCCAUUAUGGAUGUGUCCGCAACAGACUUUGGCAACAGCAACCAAAAGUUUGGAUUCAGAGUUGGACGUGUGUGCUUCACUGGCUAA